AUGUAUUGUUCUCUGCUAACGCUUCUGGUCAGUGGUACUUAUGCCGUGGACUCAUACAAUAAUCUGCACAACCACGAACAUGCGAAACGCAUGGGCAAAAAAGUGCAGGGUAAAGAGGUGUCUCACCUUUUCCGUCGUGGAGGCACCUGCUCGUUCCCAAACUACGAUGGGAUGGUAGCGGUCCAGUCAGAAGGCCAAAACGGUGGCUGGGCAAUGAGCUGGGACCAGCCUUGUAAUUACGGAAGUUGGUGCCCAUAUGCGUGCAAUCCGGGCCAGCUGGCCGGUCAGUGGGACCCACAAGCAACAACUUACUCGUACCCACAAUCCCAGUACGGUGGUCUGUACUGUGACGAAAACGGGAAUCUGCAAAAACCGAUUUCCCAGAACGACUACUGCUACGACGGGAAGGGCACUGUGCAAGCCAAAAACAAUGCUGGCUCCGGAGUAGCGUUCUGUCAAACAGUUCUCCCAGGUAACGAAGAAAUGCUGAUCCCAACUCUCGUUGACAGCGGAUCUGUGGAAACUCUGGCGGUGCCAGGCACCGAUUACUGGGCCAAGACUGCAGCCCACUACUACGUCAACCCACCGGGAACUAGUGUGACAGACGGCUGCAAAUGGGGGUCUUUGUCCAAUGCUAGAGGAAACUGGGCCCCAUACGUUGCUGGCGCCAAUAUGGACGACUCGCAAAACACAUAUGUCAAGAUCGGGUGGAACCCAAUUUACUUGGAGGACUCGUGCCCUUUCAAAAACACCAAGCCCUCUUACGGUAUCAAGAUCACUUGCGAUGACGAAUCCCAAUGUGUGGGUCUGCCUUGCUCCAUCGAUCCCUCCCAACAAAACGUCAACGAGGUCUCUGGCCAGGGUUCUGCCGGAGCUGGUGGAGCUGAGUUCUGCGUUGUAACUGCUCGUAACGGCGCCAAGGCCAACAUCGAGGUCUUCGAGGUUUCAAGCGGCAACGCCAAGCGUGACGUUUCUCACCACGCCCACAACAAAAGAGGUGGACGCACCGUCAUCACAACUAUGACAAUUUAA